AUGGACUCGAUGCGCAGCCUCAACACAUCGCUGCCGCGCACCUCGCCUCGUCGCAACCAACAACCCCCGGAAGAACUCCUCUCUGCCUUCAAGGCCGCCGCUCUUUCUGUCACAAACCUCUACAAGAAUGCUGCAUCAGAGCAGGCAAGAUCACGCGCUGCUGGCUAUCAAGAUGCCCUGGAUGAUCUCCUCUCUUUCCUCGACAAGGAGAAUCUCGGCCUCGAUGACGGCGAGGGUUGGAGGGUCAGGCAAUGGGCCACUGAACGUUUUGAUGGAGCUCCCUCCGCCGGACGCGAAAGCGAUGAUGAAGAUGAGGAACAAGAAGAGCAACCUCGAAGCUCUAGCCCUGAGGUCGUUAGGAAGCCUACCCUUGUCCCUGUUGUGACCCAGGAACAACCACAACCCGAUCCCAUAACCCUCCCCUCCGAGCCUCCUUCUGUUCAACACCAACACCAGUCGCAAAGCACCCGCUCAGAUGCCGCUGUCCCCCAGGCAGAUGCCUUUACCUUUCGCUCAUCACUGGCAUACCCUCCAUCACACCACGACCGGGAGGUAGACAUGGAUGGUUCGAACAACGCUCCCAUUGACUCGCCUAAUUCCUCGACCUCCAACAACCCACUCAGACUUGAAGUGCAUCCCAGACGACGAAACAACCACAACCGUUCAAACAACACCAACAAUACCAACAGGAUCACAUCAAUAAACCUUGGUUCUCUAGGCUCGGGUGCUGGCUCGAAGCGCAAGAAUCUUGGAGACUUCUUCGACAUCUCUGGUCUGUCAUUCGGGAACAAUAAUAGAGAUGGUUCUGAUCGUGGAGGAAAGAGGGGGAGACAUGUUUGA